AGUAUACCGCAUCCCCUCCCCCCUGUGCAUCUUCACACACCGCGUCCUCGAGCUCAUUUCUUUUCUCAUACCAGCCGUUCUCUCUUCACCGCAUAUCUUCUUUCUUGCUUCAUUUUUUCUUUUUGGAUUUCCGAGAACACCAACCACCAAAUUUGGCUGCUCUCGUUUCACAUUUUAUCAGUUUUUCUUCUCUCCUUCCUUUUCUUUUCUCUGCUUUGCGUUUCAACAGCGUGCCGUCGCUGCGAGCAGACACGUGCGAUCCACAACCACGCAAUAAACCCCAAGGUCAGUUCGGAAUUUGUCGGAGCGGCGCCACCGCGGUGUGCAGUUUGCUGAGCGUUGCCCCUCAACUCCUUGUACGCGUUCUCACUCGUUGAAAACCAACGCCGUCUCUCUCCCUGCGCUGUCGUUGCAUCUUUCCAAAAGGAGAAGCUCCGUUACCACGCAGCUCUCAAAGCGGCAGAUUCGGCUGUAUAAACACCCUCUUCCUUUCUUUGCAUCUCCCUCUGCCAUUCGUGCACUUAGUAAAACCCUUUCCUUUUACAUUACAAAGGUGAGUUCGAACCCGAUAGGAAUCUCCUUGCUGUGCUCUUUUCUAUUCUCCUUUUUCAAAGCGUGUCGAACUGCCCACAUAAGCAGACCCGCCCUCCCUCAAACAGCGUUGACGAUCGCAGUGCGCAAGAGACGAGGCGAUUUGCAUGUGAGUCUUUCUUCAGUCGUCUUAAUUUCACUUAUUACUAUUACUAUUGUUAUUACACCUCUUCGCUACUCCUCUGCUUUACAGCGUACCCACUUCUUUCCACCGCUCCGGCGCUCUUCUCAUCGGCAACAUGUUCAUGAAACUGUUUAAGAAGAAGGACAAGAAGGAUAAGGAGGAGGAGAAGAAACCGGAUGCGCGCUCCAACACCGAGGAGAAGAAGCCGGAGGAGCCGGAGCCGCAACAGGAGAAGCUCACGAAGGACGACUUCGAGACACUCGAUGUGCUCGGCAAGGGUUCCUUCGCCUACGUGGUGCUGUGCCGUCGCAUCUCCACCAACAAGUACUACGCCAUGAAGGUGGUGAACAAGCAGGGCCUGCUGGACCACAAGCGUGUGCAGGAUGUUUUCACGGAGCGCAACGUACUUACCCGCCUCUCCCACCCGUACCUGUUGAAGCUGCACUGGACCUUCCAGUCGGAGCACAAGCUCUUCUUCGUGAUGAAUUAUAUGCCGGGCGGUGACCUCGACAAGUACAUGAACUCCGUCCCCAAGAAGCAGCUCGACGCCGUCACGGCACAACUCUACGGCGCGGAGAUUUUGCUGGCCAUCACGUGCCUGCACGAGCACAGCGUCAUCUACCGCGACUUGAAGCCGGAGAACAUCCUGCUGGACGGCGAGGGCCACUGCGCGCUGGCCGACUUCGGUCUCUCGAAGGACUUCCACAAGGACGGCCAGGACGUGUCGGACAAAGACCUGCGUGCCAACUCCUUCGUGGGCUCGCCGUUCUACGUCGCGCCGGAUGUGCUGCGCCAGCGCGAGUACACCAACGCGGUGGACUUUUGGUCUUUUGGUAUUCUGCUGUACCGCAUGCUGUGCGGUCGCACCCCCUUCAACGGCCGCAGCAUGACGGAGGUCUUCGACAACAUCCUCUACUCGGACCUGUCUUUCCCGAGCGGGGUGACCUUGUCGCCCGAGGCGAAGGACCUCAUCAGCCGCCUGCUGAUGAAGGACCCGACCCGCCGCAUCAAGGGACCGGAGGUGAAGGCGCACCCGUACUGGAACGGCAUCAGCUUCGACGAUGUGAUGCAGCGCAAGAUAGCCCCGCCGCGCUGGACCCCGCUGCCCUCGGUGGAGGAGAUGCUGGCGGCCCGCAAGAACAACGGCGCGAACGCGGCUCCGUCGAAGAACCCGCACCAGGUGGUGAACACCCCGGCGCAGGCCUCGCAGCUCAACGCGGGUCAGCAGCAGCUCUUUGGCGGCUUCUCCUGCACGGCAGACUCCCACCUCACCAACCCCGGCAAUUAA